AACUCGUUUCAAGUGUAGAGUCCUGAGAGGAAAUGUUUUGGGAGUGGAGUUCAAAUGGUGUAGUGAUUUUUAAUGUACAUAAGGGGUGUUCACACGGCAGCUUUUACUCCGGUGUAGCACCGGGGCUGCCCCGGUAGAGCGUUCACACGGUACAAAGUUAUACCGGUGUAGCCCCUGAAAGCGGCUUAAACCGGUGCAAAUCUAACCCUGCUCGGGAGGUGGUUUAAGAAAUUUACUCCGGAGUAAAUGCUAGUUUGCGGGGCAGCACCGAUUAUAAAAUAGGACAUCUGAACGCUACAGGGGUAGACUCGCUACGCGUGAGGAGAGUUGAUUACAUACGGGCAUUGCAUAAUUUGCAUCCUGGUAUUUUGGCGAAUAUCAACAACAACAGAACUGCGUGUCUUCCAGUGUUGCUAGACUGGGCGGUUUUAAGUGCAUUUUGGCGGAUUUGAACAUAUUUUGGGCUGGAAAACAUCAGCAGUAUCUGGCAACACUGGUGUCUUCAUCCACAUUGUUUUCCCGGCGCUUGGUGAUGCCAUGACAACCGGGAAAAGGAAGUACGUUUUCACGCAUGCGCAUAUUUCAUUUCCGCAUUAUUACUAUCGUAUAGCACGGUCGCAAAAACUGCCGCGUGAACGCAAGUGGGGCCAGGCCCGGCACCUGGAACAGUUUACUAAGGGGGCAAUUAGAAAUCGCAAGGGGGCAAAUAUUUUUCAUAUCGUGUGUAGUAGUGAUGGCGGUCUGACAACGUGUUUCAAACAAUUAACGGCGCCAACCACAAAACCACGGCCCCGAAGGUUGCUUUAGUACGGGAAGAUCAUGACAUAUUACCAGGGCAGUUGCGCUUUAUCAACUCCCGUGCCCACCUGUUACCCCUCCCCUCUAAUUUUCUCACAGACACGUGGUACAACCGGAAAGAUGCCAAACAUAAAACACACACAAACCUACAGGCAAGUCCUUUAAAUUUAAAAUAUAUACAAAUAGCUCCGCGGCAUGAAAACAAAACGUCAAUGCAAGUCUAAGGUACUUGGCUCGGCGGCCAAAAUCAUAAUUUAAAAAAAUCAACAGACCCCGCGGCUGCACCAGUAAUAGCCUUCCUGACUCGCACCGAGUCAACGCUAACCACUUAAUCCGCGAUCCCAGUUUAGGCGUGUAGGGGACUAAACACUCUGAAGUGAUGAAUUUUCACCCCCGCUGCAUGGGGGGGUGACGUCAACGACACAUAUUCUUGCGCUAUUUGCGCACAAAGCGGACCAUAUAUGAACAACGUAAACGGAGAUAAACUUAGCCUACAAAGAAAGAAAAUGGAUUCACAAUAUUGUGAUUGAAUUCGUUUAAUUCGGUGGGGGAAAGACUACUCCCGUAAACUGACUGCAUAUUACAGGAUAUUGCAGAGACAUUGCACUUGUAAGUGUCAUAACAACCAAUCAGAUUUGUUCUACCGUGCCAGUUUUAGUAGUGAUUUAUGUGAAAUGUAUUUUUGUGCAAUCCGCAACCACUUAAUAUUUCGUAUUUGAAAAUGCAAAUUAUUAAUACGUCUAUAAUACAUUAUAUUUUCAUAAGAAAACAAUUAAGUGAUCUGAGUCUCCGUUGAGGGGGCGGGGCUGUAGCCACGAGGGGGCGACGCCCCCUUUCACCCCCCCACGGCGCCGGGUCCGAGUGGGGCUGCACCGGUGCUAACACGCUUCUCUCUAGUAAGCAGGUUUGUGACGUGUGAACCAGCGCUCGAAACUAACGGUGUCCCGGGGACCAUAAAAAAUGUCAUCGGGACACAAAAUUAUCAUAUCUGGGACAAUCCUGGGACAAUGGAAAAAAUAGAUCUAGAAAAAAAGUUCUACACUAAUAUUAUUUACAAAGCCGUAAACCAUACGUAGACAUUCACCUAAUUUGUCAAUUUUAAUUUUAAAACGUUAACAGCGAAAAAUACAUUAGUAGCUACACUUUCGAUGCACCUGCAUCCGUAGGCUACAGAGCAGCGCAUUCUGUUCUAGAAUCUUCGGCCGGAGUCCGCAUUAUAUGGACUUGGAAUGGAAUUGCUACCGCACACGCUGCGCCGACUCUUGCCAGAACAAAAAUGCUUAAGUGGUUGAAGCGGACCGACCGCGGGGAAGAAACUGAAAGCGCAGACAUAACGUCUCCGGGACCUUCAGGAUCCAAAGUGUCAUCGCCUGUCAAUGUGGAUCGUAAGCUGUCCAAAUCUGAGCGUCAGCGUUUUAAAGAGGAGGCCGGCAUGCUGAAGGGCCUGCAGCACCCCAACAUCGUGCGCUUCUAUGAUUCGUGGGAGUCUCCUUCAAAAGGCCGCAAGUGCAUCGUCCUGGUGACGGAGCUCAUGACAUCAGGCACGCUGAAAACGUACCUGAAGCGAUUUAAGGUGAUGAAGAUCAAGGUCCUGAGAAGCUGGUGCCGUCAGAUCCUGAAGGGCCUUCACUUCCUCCACACCAGGACUCCUCCCAUCAUCCAUCGGGACCUGAAGUGCGACAACAUCUUCAUCACGGGUCCCACCGGCUCUGUAAAGAUCGGCGACCUGGGCCUGGCUACUCUAAAGUGCUCUUCUUUUGCUAAGAGCGUCAUAGGUACGCCCGAGUUCAUGGCGCCUGAGAUGUAUGAGGAGAAGUAUGACGAAUCGGUGGACGUGUACGCCUUUGGGAUGUGCAUGCUGGAGAUGGCUACCUCAGAGUACCCGUACUCCGAGUGUCAGAACCCAGCGCAGAUCUACCGGCGGGUCACCAGCGGUGUGAAACCGAGCAGCUUUGAUAAGGUGGCCAUACCUGAGGUGAAGGAGAUCAUCGAAGGCUGCAUUCGACAGGACAAAGAUGAAAGAUAUGCUAUCAAAGUCCUGCUGAAUCACGCCUUCUUCCAAGAGGAGACAGGAGUGCGAGUGGAACUGGCUGAGGAAGACGAUGGGGAAAUGAUCGCUAUCAAGCUCUGGCUGCGCAUCGAAGACGCCAAAAAGCUGAAAGGCAAAUAUAAAGACAACGAAGCUAUCGAGUUCUCCUUCGACCUCCAUAAGGAUGUUCCUGAAGAUGUGGCCCAAGAAAUGGUUGAGUCUGGGUACGUGUGCGAGGCUGACCACAAGACCAUGACCAAGGCCAUCAAAGACCGCGUGUCGCUGAUCUGCCGUAAACGAGAACAGAGAAAGUUGGUGCGAGAGGAGCAGGAGAAGCGCAAACAGGAAGCUGAUCAACAGCAGCAGUUGAGCGAGUCUCAGAAGGCCUUGCAUUUCGGCCCUCCAGGAACUCCAGGAGCCACUCAGACUCCGUGCAGCCUCCAGACCCCCACUGCCGGCCCUGUACAGCUCGAACCAGACGAGUGUGAAGCAGACCAACACCAACAACUACAGUACCAGCAAGGUGCCAUUUCCUCUGAAGGUACGGUGGAUAGCAGACAAGGUUCAUCCAUCUUCUCCGAGACGCCGCUGAGUCAGCUCAACAUGCCGUAUAGUUCUCCUACAGCAUCUCAUCAGACUCCCCUGCAGCAGCAGCAGCAGCCUGCACAACCCUCCUACCCCACUGCCUCACAAGCUACCCAGCAGCACCCUGUAUUCUCCCCACAGCCCAUGCCUUCUCCACCUCCCGCUGCACGCCGUGGUCGUAGCAUGUCCGUUUGCGUGCCCUGCUUUCCCUGUGCUCCUUCUCCAUCAUACCCUCCCAAGCUUCCCUCCACUCCUCCUCCGGUGCUCUCGCCCAGUCCGGGGAUGUCAGACGGCGAGACGUUUGCAGGACGUCUGUCCAAGGCUCUGGAGUGUGUCUUACCUCGGCGCCGUGCCAGCCUCCCAGCACUCUUUGCCAGCCCUCCACAGUCUCUGGCUCAGCCGUAUGGUGGUGGAGAGGGCUCUGGUGUGUGCGAACCACCGCUCUCUUUCCCCUCCAUCCCCGAGCGGCCCGUCUCCUUCUCUCCACCGCCGUCCUGCCCACCCAAAGGCUUCAAUGUGCAGCGCCGCAAGAGCACCUCCAUCUUAGAGGCCCAUACGCGCCACUUUCAGCCAGCGUACCGCAGCUACGGGAGCAGCCUCCACCCGUUCUCUAGCAUCGACGCUCAUGAGCCGUCACACUUUCUGCUCCAGAACAUAGCGGCUCAUAGACUGGCUGAGCACAUGCAGGCUUCGGCGGAGUCCUUGCAAAGCUACAAGGAAAUCCGAAUGGAGCAGGAGGAGGCCGUGCGUAGACUGAGUCUCAACCAGGCCGUCCUGCUGGACCAUUUGGAGGCCAUGGCGCAUAGUGGAUACCCGAUAACAGCACAUCAGCUCAACCAGCUCACCUUCCACCAGCAAAUGCAGGCUGCUGCUGCUGUGAGUCUGGCGUACGAGAGCCCUCAGCCCAGCCCGGUCUACCUACACCCGCACAUCCCGAGCCUCAUGCGCCUGAGCCAAAGUCCCAUCAUUCAGAAUCCUCAAGAAUCCUGCUACCAGCCUCACCCGUCAUUCCCUCACUCUGCUCCUCCAGUGCUGGCACACGCUCCUGAGCCUGGCAGUGCCUUCGAGUUCCACAUGCACAACAUCCAAUCAGAGUCAGGGACGCUGGCUGCGAGACUGUACCGAGCCCGGCGCGGCUCCAUGGAGCUCAAUCUAGAGGAGGCGUCAGGAAACACGGGGCCGUGCAGCCGGCUGCAGCCGGUCACUGAGGAGCUGGGGAGCUACGUGAGCCCGGAGAUGCCGCUGCCUCCAGGAAGCCUGCUGUUACUCCACGCUCAAAAAGAGCGCAGCCCGGAUCCUUCCAGCGACUCUCUGACCUCAUCCGACGCCGGAGACUUUAACUCGCCGCCUCUGCCGCAUGCAGGACGCCCGAGUCUGGAUGCCUCGCUCGCUCAGUCCAUCCCCCAGACAACGACGCAGCUUUACGCACCCGAAAGAGGGAGCGGAACAUGCGACGGCCAUCCCCCUACUCAUCACUCUUAUCUCUUCAUCCCUCCGUCUGAGCCAUCCAGCGCUCAUAUCAGCACUCUACAGAGCGCCUGGGCCCGACAAACCGUCAUCCAUCCUGAGUUUUCCUACCACGAGUCUGCUCUGAGCCUACAGGGUUCUACUUUGCAGGCUCCACCUCCCCAGUCCAGUACAGCUCUUCCUAUGGUCUCCACCAGUGCCCAGGCCACACCCUGGAGCGAUCCGGUCAGUCAGCAGUAUGGAGGUUACUACAUCCCAGCAGUCCCUUCGCAGGUGGUUCCUCAGCAGAUUCCUCUGAGCGCUGCUUCCCAGCAGCCCAGCGCCUCGUUGCCCCAGCAGCCGUCUCCACCGCAGCCUGCCAGCUCAGGCCUACAGAGCAUCACACAAACACACAUCCAACCUGGGUCUCCUGCUUCUCAGGCAUCCCAGACCAGUUCUCAGACUGCAGAUAUGUCACAGCUUCAGGCUCCAGUGCCCUGUGGAAUGGAAAGUCACUCUGACGUGGCGUCCGGCAUGAGUGACGGAAACGAGGGCGUGACCGGCGGCAGGCACGAAGGUCGUUCGGCUAAACGGCACCAGCGCAGAUCCGUACGCAGCCGCUCCCGCCAUGACAAGAUCACCAAAGCCAAACUUAACGUGCUCAAUAUCUCUAAUAUCGGCGACAGGGUUGCAGAGUGCCAGCUGGAAACGCAUAACAAAAAAAUGGUGACUUUUAAGUUCGACCUGGAUGGAGAUAAUCCUGAGGAAAUUGCUCAGAUCAUGGUUGAGAGCGAGUUUAUUCUGGAGAGCGAGCGAGAGUCCUUUAUCGAGCAGGUUCGGGAGGUCAUUGAGACUGCAAAUGAAAGGGGUCUUGAAAGGGAAGGCAGCCAGACUGUGAGCAAUCCUGAAGAGCAGUUGACUGUUCCAUACACACCUCCCCAGCCAGGUGCUGGUGCGAGUAUGACGACACAGGUGGUGACCUCGGCGGGCCGCAGGUUCAUCGUCAGUCCUGUUCCCGAGUCCAGACUGGAGGAACAAUUCUUCAGUGCGGUUCAACUCCCUGCUCCGAUUUUUGAGCAGCCUGUAGCAUCAGCAGGACCACCUGCGAUGGGUCUGUCUCAGUCCGCAUCAGUGCUUUCUCUGCAGCAGGCGUUUGCCGAGAUCCGUCAGGGACAGUAUGACCCUGGGCCGAGUACAGCGCCCCCUACUCUCAACACCUCCCUUCCUCCGCUGUUACCUCCCUCCUCCACUACAAUGCUGUCAUCUCCACCACGGUCAUCCGAGCAUGCUGGCUCUCCUCCGACAGUCGUCUCCUCGUCGUCCUCUCCUCCUCCAUCACUCGCUCCUGUAGCGGUCUCCUUACCCCCUCAGAUUCCCCUGCCUGUCAGUCAACCUAUUGUGACCAGUAUGGCGGGUCAGCCUUUCUCAGCUCCGCCCUCUUCCUCCCCGUCUGCGGUUUUUCCCCAGCCGACAGUCCCAGUACACACCGCUAUCGGCACAGCAGUGCCGAGUAGCAUAGCUCUGCCCUGCCAACACACUUUUCCUGGAGGAAUCGCAGAACAUCCUCCUGUCACUUCCAGUGUAGCCCAGAUGACUCCUCCCGCUACCCCCAGCACAGCCAUUCAAACUCCUCAGCUCACCCCUAGUGUCAUUACGCCACUCCCAGUCACCGCACCAUUGCCACAGGUGCCAGUCACCAGCGGUGCCCCUGUGGUGCAGCCCACGCUCGUUCACAGCCAACCGCAGCCUUCCACGCUGCCCAAUCAGGGUCAUUCUCACUGCACCGAGUGUGAGAGCGACCCUCAGAGCAAAACCCCGGGUAUCGAUGAUAUCCAUGCUCUAGACAAGAAGCUGCGCUCACUCUUCAUGGACAUGGGCGCUGGCCCGCCUUCCUCCCAAGCCGACACCAGUGCCACAGAGCCAGCUGCUCCCAGCACAUCCUCCCCUACCACCUCCAGCACCACCCCUCUUCCUCCCACUAGCUUACCUCUGAGCUCUCCUGUGACCACCCCGGUCACUAGCGCCACCCCUGUCAGCAAAACACCGUUGUCCCGAUUGCCGGUGUUGCCUGUCGGCUCUGAGCAGGCCGGCACGCCACCCACAGAACACCCGCCUCUCUUCCCGGGACCUUGUCUAACUCAGUCCCAGCAGCCCCUGGAGGAUCUGGAUGCCCAGCUGAGACGAGCUCUGAGUCCUGAGACUGUGUCGAUUACUAACGUCACUCAUCAGUCCUCUCAUGCCGGGAUACCUGCUGGAGGGCAGCCAGGGGAACCAGGAGCUGUGCCUGUACCUGGAGGCUUCACACUGGGCAGAUUUCAGGUGUCAUUAGCAGCUGAUGACUCUCCUCUGCUGCCACCCGUCACCUCCGGUGACUCAUCUUCCUCUACCACCUCUUCAUCCACCUCCUCCUCUUCCUCUAAUCUCUCCAGUCCUGAGAACACACUGCACAGGGCCUCUCCUCCUCCUCUGUGCAAGUCAGUGGCUGACAUAGUGGACGAUUUGCCCCCCGCACCCCCCAGCCAGCCUGCUAGAGUCGGCCUCCUCCAGGUCACCACCAACACUGAAACCACAGUGGGUCGUUUCUCAGUGAGUCGAGCCCCUGAUGAGCCGAUAGCUCCCACACCUGGGGAUGCAGAGUCUCCAGAGGCGUCGCCGCCACCCCAGAGUCCUCCAGCUGUGGGCAAUGGCCCUGCACUCAGUCCUGAGGGCAAGAGCCUGAUAAGCCUGAACAACUCCUUGAACUCCUACUUCAGCAGCGAUAAUGACUCCGAGUUUGAAGACGAGGACUUCAAACAGGAAAUUAGCAAGCUACGUGAGAAGCACAUGAUGGAGAGUCAGGCGCUGUACGCCCGGCAAAAAGAGGAGAUCGAUGCCCUUUUCGCCCGAGUUGGCAAAGUCCCACCCGCUAUCGUUAACCCACCCGCAAUAAAUCUGGCUGGCCGCAGACGCCGACCGGCCAAAAGCAAAAGCAGUAAAUCGAGCCGCACAAGUUCUCAGGGCAGUAAGAGCCCGGUUCAGCCUGGGAGCACCACUUUAUCAACUCAAAGCGCUCCUUUGCUGUACCUGACCCAGCAGUCCUGUCCCGCCCCUGGUGGGUUGGGAGAGACAGGGAGCAACCCCCUGCUCCAGGCUUUUAAGCCCUCACCCUCCAGUGAGAACCUAUACUCACCCUACACCAGUGACGCCACCCUGUCCGCCCCCAGCCUCUGUCUGCCCACGCAUGGAACGAACAGCACAACCACGGUGGGCGGGCAGGGGCAGAACCAAACACAGCCUCCUUCCACUGCAUCCCAGAGUCGCAAGGGCACAUUCACCGACGACCUGCACAAACUGGUGGACAACUGGGCCAGAGAUGCCAUGAACCUGUCACAGGGCAAGAGGGGCUCAAAACCCCAGCACCAGGCCCCAUCCCAGGGCCACAGCUAUGAAAUGAUUCCUUCUGGAAGCACGGCCCGGAAGUUCUCCGCUCCGGGUCAGUUGUGUCCCAACAUGGCUUCAUCCAUGCUCAACCCUCCUGCUACCUCUCUGGGGGCACGUAAAGGCUCGAUGUGCCCUGCGCCGCAGUACGGCUACUCCUCUGCACCUUUCAACGGCCCGUGGGCCAGUGUCUCAGCCGCACACACUCAGGCCCUCGGACAGUUUCCGGCAGCCCCGGGUACCCUGCAGGCCUUCCACAUCAACACGCUGCAAAAAUCAGUCAGCAACCCAGGAGGGCAUAAUUUAAGGACCACAUAAGGUUGGGUCUAGCCUGUGCUAGGCUACAACAGAGAGAGAGAGAGAGAAAGAAAGGGGGGCUGAGACAUGAACUGGUGGCGAAGUUGGUGUGAGCUUAGGCACGUGUGUUGCACCUUUGGAAAAUGGGACAGAGAUAAGCCAGGGUUUGUGGACACGUACACUUAAACACAUCUUGUGUGCAUGAAUCACUCCUGCACUCAGGUUUACAUACCCUGAGGUGAAUGGACAUGAGGACAAAGAAGAGAUGAAAAAUAAAUGAAUACAAUGGGAGCAAUGUUAAAGCAGCCAAAGAGGAUGGUGACCCCACCCCACCCCUUGUUUAAAAAUCUCAUGAAUGUGUAUCACGAUGUUGCUCCAGAGUAGCCUGGGACUAGCUUGCUAAGCUUUUCCUGACUGUUUCACUUUAUUUCACACACUUUUAGUCAGUUGAGGUCCCUGGAACCAGUGAUGGAAGAGGGGAAAACGAGGAAGGUCAUGGAUGUGCCCCGUUUUUCCAUUACAGACUUUCCGGCAUCCUGGUAUCUGUUCUAAUGCUAUGUAAUGCAAUAAUUAAAGAAAUCAAAAGCCCAUUUUAAAAACACAGAAAGUGGCCUUUAGUAGAGAAAACGAGUAUUCGUGUACAACUUCUCUCUCUUGUAUAAAAAUCGGGGUAUGGUUUUAAAGUUGUGUGGAAUUUCGCGUGCUCAGUGGCCAUUCAGCCACCCCUGAGAGUUUGGACUGCAAAGCUACUCUAUAAAACUACAGAACUCCCAGCUUGCUUUGUAAUACACAGUCAUGCUUACCCUCCACCUCCACAUCUCUUCUUGGGAGUUUUAUUUGCCCUAAAAUUAUUUAACUAACAAUACAAUGUUAGUUUAACAAUGUAGGUAUACAAGUGCCGCCACCUCCUUUUUUUUUUUUUUUGGGGGGGGGUCAUUGUGCCUCCUGUUAUAACGGAUAAAUUAACCCAAAUUUACUCUCUUUAAAGCCAAAAAGGCGUCCUGCGUUAUUAAUUCAGUUUUGGAACGAGCGAUCAGAGAGGCUGGAGGUGAGGUCGAGGUUUAUUUACCCUGACUGACGAAGGGGGUGCCUGUCUGGCUUGUUCACGCAUACUGCAGGCUGGGGAAGCUUUAAAUCUACUAUCUGCUAGCAUUGUUACAGCUUUUAUAAUCAUAAGCGCGUUAGGGACCUCUUUACGACAGGUUGAUUUUUUUUUUUGAAUUGUAUGUUUAAAUGAGAAAAGUUGUGUUCUGUACGGACCUGUAUUUAUCCAUCAGUUAUUGAUGUUGAAACACUGUGAUUUAUUAUAAAUGUUGUUGGACAACAUAAGUUUAAAGCAAUGGUAGAAAAAGGGUGGAAACGAGGAGGAUUUGUUGCUAUUAGGUAAAAGGUGAUGUAAGGCUAGCUAUUUACCUUAUUACAGAACUUAUUGGAGACACUUUAACCCUUUCCCUCCCCCACUUUGUACUUCUUUCAUUUUAUUAGAUAAAUGUGAAUGUAAAA